AUGGAUCUGAUCUCAGAGUUGCCUGAAGCGAAGAUCGUCACCAUCAUGUCCCUCCUUACCAUGGAGGAUGCAACCCGUUUCAGUUUGGCUUCCAAGAAGUUCUUCUCUGCACUGAAAAUAUCCACGCCAAUACUCGAUUUCAAUUUCUUGUCAUUCAAGAAAAACUCCAGAAAGUUUGGUAAUCAGAAAUCAUUCCUUGAUUUUGUGGACAAGUCUCUUGAAUUCCUUAGUAAUAGUAACGAUACUAAUUGUUGUUGUUGUUGUUUUGAGAGGUUGAGUUUUUCUGGUCCAAUAAUUAGUAAUAUUCUGGUUUCUAAGAUUGUACAAUUUUCAUUACACAACAAAAUCAAAGAGCUCGAUCUGAAUGGGAAUUUCAGCUCUUGCACCUUGCCAAAAGCAUUGUUUUCCUCUCAACACUUGACAAGGUUGAAGAUUUAUGGGUUUGAUUUGGGGUUGGAGGGGGAUGGAAAGAUUAAGAAAUCAGUCUUUGUUACCGACGAGUGGUUUCAAGACCAUGUUUCCGGGCUGAACUUGCUUGAGACUCUCAAACUGGAUUACCAUCCAAGGCUGAAGAAUAUUUGUAUAAGUAGCGAUCAUAAUAAUCUGAAAGCUCUGGUUUUGGAUAAUUGUGGAGAGCUAGAGAGUAUUAACAUUACAGCGCCAAAACUUGAAUCUUUGGAGUUUGAUUUAGAGGAUUUGAAAUCCUUUGGUGAGUACAGAGAAAGAGGAAUUAAGGCAAAUAACCUUGAAGAAUUACACAAGAUAAUUCAUGCUGUCGUCUGUGCUGAUCUCACAGUGAAGAAAUCUGAUAAGGAACCACCCCAGGACACUAUAAACGUUUAUGACCCCAUUUUUGUGAGCAAAGACUAA